AUGCCUGCCGAGCAACCAGUCGACGCAUUAAAUGACACCCUUAAGGAAAUUGUGUUCAGGACGAGAAAUUUGGACAAGUUCAAGAGAUUGGCACGUCAGACGCACUUUAAUGUCAGAGAAGUUGAAGCGCUGGCAAUAAUUCACCGUAAAUGCGUGCAAACGUUGGGUCCUAUGAGCAGAUCAGUGUUUCGGGACAUUUUCCAAUCGGGUCUCGACUUUACAGAAAAUAUACGACACCUGUUAAUCGACAGGGUGUUCGGGGUAUUCGAUAAAAAGAACGCGUUGCAGGUGCACGUUGAUCAAUGGAUCGAGGGCCUUUCAGUGACAUUACGCGGCAGCAUGGAUGAGAAAAUACAGUAUGCUUAUAAAGUAUACGACCACUUGAAAACCAAUCGACUGAAAAGGGAGCAAAUAUUUCCGAUAAUGCGUGGCUGUUUAAUCAAACUGCAGAAUGAUGAAAAUCCUGACGAAGCUGUUAAAGAUCUGAUAGAUCUUUUACUCAAGAAGCUCGACGUAGACCGUGAUGGCUCAAUUUCCGAGGAAGAUUUCAAAACAGCUGUGAAAGAAAGAAAUCCACUUUUAUUAGAAUGCAUGGGUCCAGUCUUUCCAUCUAGAGAAGCUCGCAACGUGUUUCUGAGAACGUUUACCGAUCGUCUUGGGCGUUUUUGA